CUCAAAGAAACUCAGCCAGAGGGACAGUUAGGCUUGAGAAUGGCUGAUCAAAGGUGCCGCAACUCCUGCCUGUGCCGCUUCCCAGAUGUAUAAUCUGAGCUAUGGGAAAAAGAAGCCCUGUAGAAAACCUGCCUGGAGGCUUCUGGCCGGAUGUUGCUUGGAGAGAGGUCCGGAGGCCCUCCUCUACCCUGCACACCUCUCCAGGUUGACGCAGCGGCGGGACUCUAUUACCUGGCAGAACUGAUAGAAGAAUACACAGUGGCCACCAGCAGGAUCAUAAAAUACAUGAUCUGGUUCUCCACAGCUGUGCUGAUUGGCCUCUACGUUUUUGAGCGCUUCCCUACCUGCAUGAUUGGCGUGGGCCUCUUCACCAACCUCGUCUACUUUGGCCUCCUCCAGACCUUCCCCUUCAUCAUGCUGACCUCGCCUAACUUCAUCCUGUCAUGCGGGCUAGUGGUGGUGAAUCAUUACCUAGCAUUUCAGUUUUUUGCAGAGGAAUAUUAUCCCUUCUCAGAGGUCCUGGCCUAUUUCACUUUCUGUCUGUGGAUCAUCCCGUUUGCAUUCUUUGUGUCACUGUCGGCGGGGGAGAACGUCCUGCCUUCCACCAUGCAGCCGGGAGAUGAUGUGGUCUCCAAUUACUUCACCAAAGGCAAGCGGGGCAAACGCUUAGGGAUCCUGGUUGUCUUCUCCUUCAUCAAAGAGGCCAUUCUACCCAGUCGUCAGAAGAUAUACUGACCCCUUUGGGGAGGGGAUGUGGGGGCAAGAUGAGGAGAGUCAGGCCCCUGGGCCUCUGUACUAGGUGGGGGCUGUGAGCCUGGAAGGUACCUUCCCCCAGCCGCAGCCUGACUUCCUUCAGCUCUCCCUGAAGGCCCCGCCCCAACCUUCCUUGGGAUGCUCAGCUUGGCUCAGAUCUGACACUGCUAGAGGCUGCAACUUCCGAGGGUACCAGGGAGGGUGGCAGAGCCUACUUGGCCAGAGGCUGCAAUCCACCUGGGCGUGUAGAAGCUGAGCUCCCUGCGGCCUUCCCCACCCCCUCCCUCCCGGGCUGGGUCAGGAGGUUCUGGCUCGGUUGGGGCAGGCAAAGCAGGGGCCAUGACACCGGGGAGCAAACAGCGAUAAGUUCUUGAGGCAGAUGGCCACAGGGCGGGGCCGUGGCAGGCACCUUCCAAGAGAAACAGUUUUUGUUGUUGAACUGUGAUUUCUGUCCAAGUCUGAUUCUUAUUUGAAUAAAGAUUCUAGGUGGCACUGUUGCCUUAAUACCCUGAAAAUUCAUCUUCCUUUCUUCCUGCCGCCCUGCCGCCCUGAACUGGACAGGCUCUUCUGCUCCGGGGGCUCCUUUUCUGGGGUUGGUCUUGCCUCCCUGAAGGGCCUGUUCCCAAGGCCCUCAUGGGCAGGGGGGCAGAGGCGAGGGGCCGAACCCGGGCAGGGGGUGGCAGGUAUAGGCAACCUUUCUUAUGCCCCCCCCCUUUUUUUUUUUAUCUCUUCUUUCCCCAAGGCUCCAUGACUGUCAAGUUAGGGACAGAGAGGGGGCAGUUUGGGACUGGGUUAGAUUUUCAGAGCAACAUCUGCAGUACCUUAUUUAUAAGUCUUCUUCUGGAGAAAAGGUGGUUUCUGACAAUUCUUUGUCAAGAUCAAAGAGAUAACAAAGUAAAACUUGGCUUCUGGGCAACUUGGGCUACAGCCUAUUUUUAAGAAAUGGCACUGGUAGGAGGAUCCAUUUGUCACUCUGAGGGCACACAGGGCUGGCCUUUUCUCUGUGCCCAGCUCCUGGGGAGGUGGCCCGAGGCUUCUAAGAAGGCCGGGUCCAGGCACAGACCAGCAUUUGUCAACCUUGCACUCCAACUACAGUGCCUUGCAAACACUCAGCAGUACCCCAUGAGAGCCGUUACUGGUCAUAUCUUAUGCCUCAAGGCGAGGGUGGCAGGUGCGGAGGUGGACUGCACACCUGUAGUACCUUUAAGCCCCUGGGAAGACCCCUGUGCUUGAAAAUCCUCCCUCCACAUCCUGCCUCAAGUCCCACCAUAGCCCUGCAUUUCCUUGGCUUUAGCAUUCCCUGUUACAAAUACCAACCCUCCCCUUUUCAUGGGAGGAGCAGCACUUUGUGGUCUUCUCUCAGUGGGAAUGAGAUUGCCUGGCCCUUUUAUCCUAUGCAGACAAGGGGGGACAAAGUAGCGGGCACUGGGGGCCAACAUCAUCCUCAUUUUUGGACUAGCAGCUGCCUUGCUGUUGCUGUCCAUGUCUUUGUCCGUCAUCCGAUGAUGUGGCUUUGCCCCCUGCAUUCCCUCCACGGCCCGUGCUCUCCCGGAAGUGCCAGUGGCCUUUUUGUGCUAAAUACACUGAGCCCUUUUCAUAUAUUACUGGGUCUCCACAGCAUCCAAUAGGGCUGGUUACCCCCAGCUUCUUGAAUCGCACUUCUGCGGCUCAUUCUCUUCCUACCUCUGUGGCUUCUCCUGGUGUCUUAUGCAGGCUUUUCCACUUGCCCCAUGCACAGUGGGGUUUCUCAGGGUCCUGUUGUGGGCUCCCAAGAGCCCAUCCACGCUGAUGGCUUUGACUCUUUGCCAAGGAAAUGAGUGUUGACCUCUAGCCCCAACAUCCCUCCUGGGCUUCUGAACCAUGGUUUGCUGCCUUUGGCUGCACAGACAGCUCGCGUGGCCCAGACGACUUGUUGCUGUCCUUUGCUAACCUGUGUUUUUUGGGUACCUGCUGUGGCCCCAAGACCACUCAGGAGCCAGACCAGAAAUAUGCUAUUCCUGCUUUCUCCUUUUGCCACCCCUCCCCCAUCCAACGUCUAGGAAUUGUCAGGUUUGCCUUCUUAACAUCUGGAUUAGAGUAGGGCCACUACCACUGCCAUCAGUUGUCACCUGGGUUAUUGUGACAGCCUCCUCCUGCUUCUCUGUUCCACAGCCAGAGUUGUGUUUCUAGAAUGCAUAGUUGAUCAAGUCACUUCCUGGCCCACAACCUUCCAUGGCUCCCUACUACCUUCAGGACAAAAUCCAAACCCCUUAGCAUGGUUUUGAAUCUUGUGGUAUCCUGCUUCCUCUUCCUGCUUUCCUCUCUGGCCUCAUCACUUGCCACCUUGCACUCUGGGUCCCAACCUGUAUUCAGAGAUGCCACUCUGAUUCCUCUUUCUUUUCUUCACCUGGGCAUCUUCUGCAUUACUUGUUAAGAUUUCACUUUGUCCAAGGAGCUCUGAAUGUUCCCUCCCUGUCCCCACUCCAGCCUACCACACAGAUCACUCUGGGCAUGCUUGCCUGUGCACUGGUCUGUCUCCUCACUAGACUGUAAGCUCCUUGAGGGCAGGGACUGUCCCUCAAUUUUUGUACCAACAGUGCCUGGCUUGGUGCCUGGCACACAGAAAGCGUUUAAUAAAGGUUUGUUUAAUGAA